AUGGCUGUAUUUUCUUCUUCCAAGUACUUAUUGGCCUUCUUAUUGCUCAAUCUUCACCUCGAAGUUAUGGAUGCCGACCCCAAUUUAACUUUUUAUUUCAAGAAUAUUGGUAAAGUCUCCAACUUUAAGUCACAGCUUGCCCUGUUUGGGGAUGCUAUGGUUGGUGGAGACAACUUUUCUGUCCAAAUUGGGGUUUCUACUGCUGGGAGGUUUGUCUCCAAGGAGCCCCUUAAUCUUGUUCAGGAAAAAUCAAGACAAUUGGUGUCAUUUUCGAAUUACUUUUCAUUUUCCAUGUCUGGGGUAGAUGGGGAUGGUUUGGCUUUUGUGAUGCUGCCUUCUCAAUUUCCCUUGAAUGUUUUUGAUGAUGGAGAGAUGGGAUUUUUAAAAGAGAGGAUGAUGAAGUUUCUUGCAAUUGAAUUUGAUACAUUUAAGUGUUGUUUGCGAUUGUUGGUUUCUGAUGUUGGUAGUCCCGUCUCUGCUAAAGUGAGCAAUGUUUCAUCAUUCAAUUUGGUGUUAAAUGGUGGAGAAAAGUUGCAAGCUUGGGUUGAUUAUGAAGCAAGUAGUAAAAGAUUUGAGGUUAGGUUGAACAAAUUUGGUUUGAGUAGGCUAAUUGAUCCAUUGCUCACUUACUCCAUCGAUCUUUCGAAAAUGUGGGGAAGUGAAAAUGUUGUUGUGGGAUUUAGCUCUUCGAGUGCAAACUCGUCACAGAGAAAUAUCAUCCACUCGUGA